GGUAUAUGGGCGCAUGCGCGCUAGAGCUCCGCUCCGCCCACGCCGCAGGCGGCGAGCAACCGCUGCCGCGCUCGGUGGGAGUCAAGGUUUUCACAUCCCUUCUAUGAGUUUCGCCAUCUGUAGCUUUUACCAACAAUUGUGGUUUAAUCAAUUAGAAAUAGAGACGAGUCAUUAACCAGGAGAAAAUGUCAAAUCUAAAAAUGAAAGAGGCGGCCCUCAUCUAUCUUGACAGAAGUGGAGGCCUCCAAAAGUUUAUAGAUGAUUGCAAGUACUACAAUGAUUCAAAACAAAGCUAUGCUGUCUAUCGAUUCAAAAUUUUAAUAAAUCCCUCUGAUGUUGUUGAAUUAGAUGCUGAGCUUGGAAAUCACAUUUUACACCAACCUUUAAAAGCAGCUGAAGUUUUUCAAUCAGUCUGUUUUAUUGCUGUUAAGACUCUCUCAUUAAUUGGACAAUUGCAGACUGAAACACAAAUUAAUAUAGUGCUGAAAUUAACACAUUUACCUCCCCUGCCAAGUUAUGGUCUUGAUCUGUGUGAAUUUCCACUUGAUUAUACAUCUCAGAGAUUUUAUAUGAUGCAAGGAAUUGUGAUUGCAAUGACAACUGUAACCAAGUAUACACAAGGUGCAAGAUUUCUUUGUUCAGAUGAAGCAUGCCCUCUUUCAAAAGGAUUUCAGUAUAUAAGAGUGCAUGUGCCUGGUGCUACAGAAUCUGCAACGAUAAGAAAUGACUUUUUGUGUAAUCUCUGUGCAUCUUCACUUCAAGAAGACAGAAAAUUUAGAGUACUUGGUGAUAAACAAAUAGUUGAAAUAAUUGCCACAAAGGGACUUCAUGCUUUUCAAGGACAUUCUAACAACCAGCCAUUUAGGUUUCAAUCUGUUACAAUUUUCCUAAGAGAUGAAUCAGUGAAUAAAAUGAAUAUAGGAAAUGAAUAUAAAAUUAUUGGAAUUCCAACCUGUGUAAAAACUUCACAAACUGCUGUCUGUAUAGAAGCAAAUAGCAUAACUUUUUGUAAUUCAAAAGUUCCUUCAGGAAUUAGUGACAAUUUCAGGUGUCUCCUCUCCUUAACUUCCAGCUCAUGCUGGAAGUUUACAGCAAUUCUUGCCAAUAUCUUUGCAUCACAAAUUACCCCUCCUGGGACUUACAAUUUGCUCAAGCUCUGUUUGUUGAUGAGUCUAGUACAGACAACUGACCGUAACAAGGAACUAGAAGAUUGCCUGGAUAUUUUAAUUAUAACAAGUGAUAUUCUACUCAUAGACAGGCUUCUGAAUUUUAGCAUAAACCUUGUUCCCCGUGGCAUACGUCAUCUAGUCUCUGCUGAAAUUUUUCCCACUCUAUCCAGGAAUAAGUAUGGAACUGGAGCAGUUAGCAUUCAGGCUGGCAGUGCUCUGCUAGCUAAAGGUGGUAUCUGCUUUAUAGGAGACUUGGCCUCACACAAAAAAGAUAAACUUGAACAGCUUCAAUCAGUUCUGGAGAGCAGAAACAUCACAGUGUACAUCCCAGGAAAGAAGUUUGGGGAGGAUACUGAUCAACAGAUGACUUUUCCAGUUCAGUGCAGUUUUUGGUCUUUUGUUGAUAUGGAUUCAUCUUCAAGGAGAAAUGCACAGAAAAUCAACACUCUAAUUGGUCAGAUGGAUUGCAGUUUGAUUCCAGCUAACCUUGUGGAGGCAUUUGGUUUAUUGAUUAACUGCAAUGAGUCAUCUCCCUGCCACCCAUUUCUUUCUACUGUGCAACAUACUUUGAAGAAAGCCAUUAAUCCUGAAGGGCUGCUUUAUGCAGCUUCUAGACAGUUCACAACUGAAGAUUUUGAAAAGCUACUGGCCUUUGCAAAGAAUUUGAAUGUAGAAUUCAGCUUGGAAGCAGAAAGAAUGACUCAUGGCUAUUAUCUAGCAAGUCGCAGAAUCAGAACAGACUCUAUAUGUGGAUCAAAACUGUCGGCAUCUGCAUUAAAAUAUCUCGUUUUCCUAUCUGAAGCCCAUGCACGACUGAACUUAAGGAAUAAAGUGCUUAAAGAAGAUGUGCUGAUUGCAGCCUUACUAUUUGAAACAUCCCUCACAUUGAAAUAUGGGGCCACUGCAUUUUGUGUUGCUCCGAAUGCAGUAUUUCCAUUUGAACUGUAUAAUGAAGAAUACUUAGAGCAAAGGGAUCUCUAUCUAACUCAGUGCCAACAACAGCUGGAACAAUUUAUUGCCACAUAUGGACCUGGGACAACUAUUUUCUCUAGUGAUGAAUAAACAAUUUGAGGAA